GCUCCGCCACCUUGCGCCUCUCUCCCGCAGGUCUCGGAGCCAGGUGCGGAAGGAGGGAACGGCCCUAGCCUUGGGAAGCCAGAGCACACCCCUGGCUCCUGCCGACACCGCCCUCCUCUUCCCAGCCGCCGGCCUCGCUCGGUGCUAGGCUAAUCUGCCGGGAGGCGGCGGCGGCUGCCAGUCUGUGGAGAGUCCUGCUGCCCUCCAGCCGGGCUCCUCCACCGGGCCUUGCAGGGGCCGAGAGAGCUCGGCGCCCGCCCUUCCGCUCGCCUUUUUCGUCAGCCGGCUGGAGCAGCAUCGGUCCGGGAGGUCUCUGGGCUGAGGCGGCGGCAGCUCCUCUAGUUCCACCAUGUCCGCGGGCUUAGACUGCGGGAAUCCGCCGAGGAAAUUCAAGCUGGUGUUCCUGGGGGAGCAAAGCGUUGCAAAGACAUCUUUGAUCACCAGAUUCAUGUAUGACAGUUUUGACGACACCUAUCAGGCAACAAUUGGCAUUGACUUUUUAUCGAAAACUAUGUACUUGGAGGAUGGAACGCUCUUUCGACGUGUAGCAGCAGCUUUGCCGGGAAUGGAAAGCACACAGGACAGAAGCAGAGAAGACAUGAGGGAUGUAAAACUGGAAAUGCCUCAGGAGCAACCAGUCAGCGAAGGAGGCUGUUCCUGCUACUCUCCCAUGUCACCUUCAGCACUGACUGCAGUGUGAAUAUUGGCUUGAACCUUUUCCUUCAGUAAUAACGUUUUGCAAUUCAUCAUUGCUGCCUGUCUAGUAGAGAUGAUCUAUUAGCUUCACACGCACAAAAAAGUCAGCGUCUUCAUUAUUUAUAUUUUACAAAAAGGCAAACUAUUUCAGCAUAUUCCAGUGCUAACUUUAAAAAUUAGAUAUAUUUUCUUAACAAUUUUUUCUUUUUUAAUGUUAUGAUAAUGUACUUCAAAAUGAUGGAAAUCUCAGCAGUAUGAGUAUGGCUUGGUUAACAAGCAGUGUGUUCAGAGCCUGCUUUAUCUCUCCUUGCUUUUCUCACCUCUCCCUUACCCCAUUCCCUAUUUCCCUGUUCUUACCUUGCCUCCCCCCACUUCCUCAAAACAAACAAGAGAUGGCAAAGCAGCAGUCCGACCAAGCCCACUGGAAUUAUCCUUUAAUUUUACAGAUACCACUGGCUGUAGGCUAUGGGCCAAGAUGUCCAAAAUUAUUCUUGAGCACUGAUAUAAAUUACUUAGAUCUUCUUUGAGGUCAGAAUUCAGCGAUC